AUGGAAAACUCUGGCAAGUCGCAUAGCAAUGGGUAUUUUGCAUUGCCCUGGUUCGCUACACGUGUGUUUUUCGUCAAAAUCGGCAAUUGCGUUAUCGACAAUUCUACCCCUGAAUGUCUAACCUUAAACCACGUCCCUUUGAGUCCCGACACGAUCCUCGAAGUAAACGGGACGCGAUGUUCGAUGGACUCGGAAGGAAUCUCUUGCAUUCUUAGACGGGACAGAGUUGAUAGGAAAUCCGAAGAGGCUACACUUGUCAGCACAGACAGCAUAAGAGGUUCGAAGUGUUCGAUAAAGAGGAGCUUGUUAUAUCCGGGGUUUUCGAACAAAAACACUAAGUGA